GCAUUCAUCUCAUCACUAGCAGCAAUGAUCAUCCCCGUUCGCUGCUUCUCGUGCGGCAAGGUUGUCGGCAACCUCUGGGAGUCGUACCUCGAGCUCGUCGCCGCCGACAUUGACGAGGGAGACGCCCUCGACAAGCUCCAGCUGAAGCGCUACUGCUGCCGUCGUAUGGUCCUCACGCACGUCGACCUCAUCGAGAAGCUCCUCCUCUACAACCCCCUCGACCGUGACCGCAACAACUAAUCGCCCAUCCCUGUUCCGCCCAUUAUCAGUGUACAUUGCAUGCUAUGACUUAGAUCCACAG